AUGGGAGCUGCAUGCACAAAAUUACUCUUUGAAUUCAUUAGUGUAUUACCGUCAAAUAGACCAAAUAUCACUCAAAUCAUCGAAAACAAAGCGUUCUGGGAGUUUAAAAUCCCGGAAGUGGGCUGUGAGUGUCUACUCACCGGUGACGAGUGCAGGCUGACCAACAGACAGAUACACCUUGUUGUCAUUCAGGAUGAAAAGACUCAAAAUAAUUGUAAUCUGAAAGACACAGCUGUAAUUAUAAAUAAAAUAAAUCGUGUGUUUAAUGAGGGCACCAUUAAACAGCCAGGCUCGAGUAUGGAGUAUCAAGUGAUACACAAGCUCAUUGUAAAUUGGUACUUUUAUGUUGCAAAAUGCUUCAAAUUAUCUUCUUUAACGGUUCACACUGGAGUUGAGUGUUUUAUUAACGUGCUGGUUUUGUUGGGAGAUGUAAAGGUAAACCAGGUUGUCUCGAUCUUCGUCAGCUGUCUUAAAAUAGCGCACAGGAUUAAUGAAAUCUCCCAGGAGUAUUACAGAUGUGACAAUACGACAGAAUACUCCGAAAUAGCAGGGCUUUCCAGGGAAAUAACUAAAAUCUUGGGUGUAACAAAUGAAACGCCUACAAAGGCUAACUUCCCAGAUGGAGAAGAGCUCAUAUACUACGAGAAGGAAAUUAUGAGACUCGUCAAGUUCAAUUUACCGCUCUAUUCUUUAUCUUACUUGGUGUAUGAUAUGGGUAAAGCAAUGGAAAUUGAUAUUAUCUCAGAAUGUUUCCAAUUUGCUUAUCUUUUAUCUGAUCUUUGCUUAUAUUACGUGGAACUUAACGAAUUUGAAAAUGAGCUAAAGGCACAAAUUAUCUGGUUAAUCUCGAUACUGAAAUAUAUGACAAAUGACUCAAAAUUAUGUGAAAAUGAAGACAAAACAGAUGUAAGUUUAUAUACACAAUGGGUAUUUUAUUAUAUAGGACUUGGGGUUAACUGA